UUCAUGAAGAUUGUAUUACAAUGUUCACAUAAAAAUAUUUGGAUUUUAUAGUAUAUAUAAUAAUGUAAAAUUUUGCAUAUGGCAAAAAGUCUUUAAUUCCCUAGAAUCUCAUUUCAAUUACAAAAGCAAUUGACACGGAUAAAUGGCCAAUUUGAAAGUUGUCUUCCAUCGCCUACGAAUUGUAUUGACAUCUGCAAACGGAAAUCCAGCUGUUGGCUUAAUACUUGCUUAACAAUCAACGAGAAUUGUCAGCAAGCAAUUUGCCAAAUUAUAGGCUAUGUCAUGUCGAUUACAUAGGGAACAAUUGGCCAACGCCUUCGAUGGCGUCAAUUGGCGAAAUAAAGGAGGUUUGCCGAGCACUUUGUGGCCACAGUUUCAAGUGGCAUCCAGACAGACAGACACUCGACACAGACUCGACAGCAGCUGAAGAUGGCAGAGAACGAAGAUAUUGCAUUAGUGGCCAUCAAUGUGCGCAUCUGGAGAUACUUUGCAGUGCUCUAUCCAACGGCACAGAGCAAUUGGCGAAAGUACGCGUUUGUGUUGCCCGUUUGUCUGAUGAACGUGAUGCAAUUCCUCUACCUGCUUGAGAUGUGGGGCGAUUUGCCCGCCUUCAUAUUGAAUCUAUUUUUUCUAUCCGCCAUUUUCAAUGCUCUGAUGCGCACCUGUUUGGCCAUCUGGAAGCACAAGGAAUUCGAGCAAUUCCUGGCCAAGCUAACGCUCUUGUAUCGCCAGAUUGAGGCAUCAGGCGAUGAGUAUAUCCAGAGCAUUCUGUUCGAGGCUGUGCGCGAAGCACGUCGCUUGGCGGUCUUCAAUUUGUCGGCCUCUUUUCUGGAUAUAACGGGUGCAUUAAUCUUUACAUUGUUCCGGCAGCAACGCGCGCAUCCUUUUGGCAUUGCGUUGCCUCCGCUGGACAUGCAGCGUACGCCAUUCUACGAGAUUUUCUAUUUAUUGCAAAUACCCACGCCCGUUGUGCUCUCCAUGAUGUACAUGCCCUUUGUCAGUCUGUUUGCUGCAUUUGCGCUCUUUGGUAAGGCGAUGCUGCAGAUUUUGGCCUAUAAAUUGUCGUGCAUUGCAGAGCAAAGGGAAGAGGAGGAACGCUAUCAGAUGCUGGCUGCCUGUAUUCGUUAUCACAUGAGUAUCAUGAGCUAUGUAAAGGAGUUUAAUAUGCUAGUCACAUUCAUUAUAGGUGCCGAAGCAAUUAUCUUUGGCUCGAUCAUCUGUCUGCUGCUCUUCUGUUUGAAUAUUAUCGACUCGCGAACUCAGAUGAUCUCGAUAAUCAUGUACAUAGCGACGAUGCUGUAUGUGCUAUUCACCUAUUACAAUCGGGCCAACGAGUUGGUUAUUCAGAGCUCACUGGUCUCGCAGGCUGUUUACAAUGUGCCCUGGUAUGAGUGUGGGAUGCGUUUUCGUAAAACUCUCUUGAUCUUUCUGAUGCAGACGCAAAGGCCUUUGGAGGUGAGUCCUGAGUGUGGUUCGAGUGGUUCAAGCGGUUGGUUGGUUGGCUGGUUGGGUGUGUCCUUUUCGAAUUGAUAAGAGCUGGCAACGUUUACCCCAUGACUUUGGCCAUGUUUCAGAGUCUGUUGAAUGCAUCCUAUUCGUACUUUACCACGCUGCGUGGCGUGACCAACAAAUGAGCUGGAAGCCAAAACUUUUUGGCAACGCUUGGACUACAGAGCUGCAGAGAGUUAGUUGUUGGAGGUGUAGCUGGUGUGUGUUGAUGCUGGGCAACUUGCAAUCUGAGUAAUGCAAAAAGUUGUUGUGCUUGUUUUAUCCCGGCAUUUGCAUAUGCUACUCGUUUGCGUAGUUAUUUUGAAAGGAUUUAAUCUGGCUGUUUGUAGCUGCAGCUGUAGUGUUGGCAUGUAGACAUGCUCAUAGUUGUAGUUCCAGUUGUAGUUGCAAGAAAAUAGUUUGUUGCAUUAAGGCAUGCACUGCAUAGCUUGUUGUGUGUUGUUUGCUUUAAAUCUGUUGAAUGUGCUUAGAAAUAUUUCACUCAGUUCAUCGCAAUUGUAUUUAUUCAAGAAAUACUU